AAGAAUCAUGGCUCAAAGUCAACAUUAUUAUUGAAUUUAUUUCAGCCAGUAUUGCCAUUUUUUCAAACUUAGCAGGAACUCAUUUGCUGGCUCCCCAUUGAGUGAGACAAUAGGAUUUAGUGAGUGAGACAGGACGUUUAGUUUUAGACAGAGAAAUAUAAGCUUGGUACAAUGUUUGUGACGCAAAAAGGAAUUAAGUACCAAUAUGACUGUACUUCAAAGUUAAUGGUGACUGCUGAAGAUUGUCAAGAUGGAUGGGGAGGUGUUAAUGGAGGUGCCUCAGAAGCUGCAGAUGUUGGUUCGCCUGGUGGUGCGUGGCUUCUACACCACAGAGGACAUCCUCAUCAUCGACAUGCUUGUCCGCAACUUUUGUAUGAGUGAGGAGGAUUUGUGUGACUUGCUCAAGUUUGACCGCAAGAUGCUAAGGCAGAGGAUCAGCACCCUGCGUGCCGACCGCUUCAUCCAGGCCCGCAUGAAGAUGGUCACUCUUGAGGACAAUAAAACACAGAAGGAACAGUACUAUUUUAUCAACUACAAGAGUUUUGUGAAUGUGGUAAAAUACAAACUGGACCACAUGAGGAAGAAAUUGGAAAUGGAAGAACGAGAUCAAACAAGUCGAGCUUCCUUCAUCUGCCAUUAUUGUCAGCGAACCUACACUGAUUUGGAGGCAGAUCAGCUGCUGGACAUAACAACAGGGCAACUGCUGUGUAUUAUUUGUAAGCAGGAGGUACAGGAAGACAUGUCAGGGAUGCCGCGCCAUGACACACGUCUUCUCCUCACCAAGUUCAAUGAGCAGAUGGAGCCACUGUUCAAUCUGCUGAGAGAGGUUGAAAAUAUUAAACUGGCUGCAAAGUUCUCAGAGCCUCAGCCUAAAGACUUCAGUGACAUCAAGAAACCAGGACAAGUCAAGCCCAAGGCUCCUGGUAAUGACAAUUCUCAUGUCUGGUCAGGAGACUCCACCAAAAAGUCAGGCUUCCAGGUUGCGGGUUCAAUAGACGUGAACAUCAAUGCAGAAGGCACAGGAGAGGAGACAGUGCAGACCAAGGAGAAACCCAUAUGGUUGUCUGAUGCCACCUCCCUCAUCACCACCAACAUUACCACCUCAGAUGCCACCAAUCCACAGAGUGAGUCUAAGGCUGUGCCCUCCUCCAGUAGCCACCCACAGCAGGGUAGUGGCAACAACAGUGGGGCAGAUGAUGUCAUGGUGUUACUUCAGACCCAUGAGCGACAUGCAAAGAAGGGCCAGUCUCGCCACCAAUCAGACAGUGACUCAGAUGACAGUGGAGAUGAGGCAGCCAAAAGGAAAAAUGCAGCAGCCAGGCCUGCCAUUCCCAGCACUGCUCCAAGCUUUGGUACUGAACCUAAGAACAACCCAGAGGAUGAGGUGAUAGAGCUUGGAGACACGGAUGAUGAGGAGGAGGAGGAUUCUGUGCCACAAGUGAGUGUGGCUGGGGAACAGGUGGCCAUCACAGAGGUGGACAAUGCUCUCAUUGCCCGCAUGACCCAGGAAGAGAAGAACGCCUAUAUGCUCAUGUACCAAGACUACAUGUGCUCACUGGAUGAUUAGCCAGCAUGGAAAGAAGGGAAGUGGAAGCCAGAUGAAUAGAAUUACCCCCUUCUUGGAUGGUACGUGUGGGGAAUCUGUCUUUCUUUCUCUUGCACUGUGUCAGAAAGUUAUGACUGAUUUGUCCUGUGUGAGUUCAUUGUUUUAGUGACAGUGGUGUUCUUGUUGUGUUUGUUGUGUAUGUGUUUGUGUUAUGUCAUGGUGUAGUGUUAGUCUUGUUUUAUAUGUGUGUUUAGAGGGAUGAAAGUGUGUGUGUGUGUGUGUGUGUGUGUGUGUGUGUGUGUGUGUGUGUGUGUGUGUGUGUACAACAUUGACACUGAAUGAACAGUUGGGAACUGCAUUUUUGUUGAUUCUUUUCAUUAAUAGUGUUGCAGAUGAAGAAAUGUUUUUAUUUCUCUGCUCCCAAGCUCUAGAUGUAAUUGAUACCAGUUAUGUAAUAUGUUGCAUGAAGCUGUGAGUCUUCAUCAAACUGAGGAUGGGUUGGGUUUGAGCAUACUGUUGAUGUCAUAUUGAAAUAUUUUGUUUGUUUCUAAGAUACAACCUUACUGCUGUGAUAAUAGUCUGUAGUGAGAACAUUGGUGUCAUGAUCAACCAGUGAUACCAGAGUUCCUUUUUUCCAUGCCAUGUAAAUAUUUAAUGUAGCUUAAGACUCUUUACCAGACUACAUAUUUUGCUAUAUUAAUUUAAUCUUUAUAGUCAAACCAGGAUAUAUGAUGUUUAGAUAAAAUUGUGAAUGUGCUUUUUUAAUAUCUGAGAUCCUUGUGGAAUAUCUCAAAGUACAAAAUGUUUUAUCAAGACUGGGGUCAAUGCUCUUUUUUGAAAGUUUGAUAUGACCUUUGCUCAUGGAAAAGCUGCCAUUAUCUGAUUAGACAUUACUUUAUGAUGUAGAUGGGUAAUUUUUCAUACUAACUUAUCUCUUGAGUCCAACAUGACCGCUGGUCACUCAUGUGUUAGUUCUCAUUAGUGCACAUUGUUCUGUGCAACAGUUGUGACAGCGGCUGUGUUGACCCUGUAGGUGAAGCCGAUUACAACUUCAUACUCAA